UUAAAUUGGAAUCCUCCUUUAGGUCACUCGGCCAUAGCUUUGACGUUCUAUGGGGUAGAACAUCUGGACUAUGCUCGGACGCUUACCGAAAGGGGCCGAUGACCUUUAUAGUAAGCGCAGCCGCGACCGCGUUUAGCGCCACUCCGCCGAAUAAUCGUCUUUCGUUCAUCGCAACAGCUCUCAUAUACGUACGAUCCCCACUCUUUUCGCACGAACAUCCUCUUCUCGGAGUCAUUGCAUCAUGGCGGCGGAACAGAGAAAGCUGCUCGAGCAGCUCAUGGGAGGUAAGCUAGCUCUAAGAAAAAUGGCGCAGCUCAAACCCUAGCUAAUAGAAAUCUUCUCGUAGCGGACCAGCUCAUGGGCACUGGUGCUCCCUCCCGCAACGCUCAGCUUUCUAUUACCGAUGCCAAAGUCUGUCGCUCAUAUCUCGUCGGCACAUGCCCGCAUGAUCUCUUCACCAAUACCAAGCAAGAUCUUGGCCCUUGCCCUAAGGUGCAUAGUGAAGGUCUGAAGACGGAGUACGAGACAGCUUCGGCGGCGGAGAAGGCAAAAUGGGGCUUCGACUUCGAUUACAUGAGAGACAUGCAGAAAUACAUUGAUGAUUGUGACCGGAGAAUUGAUUCCGCACAGCGGCGGUUGGAAAAGACCCCGGACGAAAUCCGACAGACAAACAAUCUGCUCAAACAAAUCUCUGAUUAUACCAAAACGAUCAACGGCGGUCUGCUUGAGAUUUCCGUCCUAGGCGAAACCGGCGCCGUUGCGCAGGCAUACAAUGAAUUGCACAAGAUCCGCACAGCCAAACACCAGAAGGAAACGUGCGAGCGCGAAUUGAAGAAUCUGCAGGAUACCUCUGGCCCGUCUGGUCACCAGAAGCUGCAGGUAUGCGAUGUUUGCGGCGCAUAUCUGAGUCGUCUCGAUAAUGAUCGUCGAUUGGCGGAUCAUUUCUUCGGUAAAAUGCACAUGGGUUACUCGGACAUGCGCAAGACGUUUAAGAAACUCAGCGAGGAGCUCAAGGGCAGACCACCACCAGUUCGCCAUCACGACGACGAGGACGGUGGCUGGGGUGGCCGCUCGGGUGGUGGUAGAGGACCUCGGUAUGGUGGUGGUGGCGGCUACAAGAAGCGUGGUGGACGGUGGUGAUAAUGGUGGCUGUUCACUACUCUUCUUUUCUUUUGCUGCUGGAUUCGCAU